CGCCCGCUCGCUCGCCCGCCUACCCUGCGGUCUCGUCCCUGCGCUGUCGGUUUCCGUCACCAGCGCGGAACCAACUCUCUGAGCUGCCGGGACGGCUUACGAGGGGCGAGCGGGCUUCAGCGAGCCCGAGGAGGCGCAGGCCUGCCCGGGGCCCCGCAGGUCAGUGUAAAGGUCUGUGUGUCUGUCCCCAGCACUCUGCAAGGCUAGAAAAGGAAGAGGAACCUGUCCAGAAUCCCUGCAGUUCUUUGUGUUUGUUCCCAAUUCUCUACAACACUAGAAAAGGAAGAGUUACCUGUCUUGAAUUCCUGCAGGAAAAGGAAAAGAAGGGGAAAUCUCAACAUGGAAAAACUCUACAAUGAAAAUGAGAGAAAGCUGGAAAUCAAGGGACAUCCAGAAGAUGAAGUAGAGCCUGAAGAUGAAGGAAAAUCAGAUGAGGAAGAAAAGCUGGAAGAGGAAGGGAAGCCAGGGCAUGAGGGAAAGCUCCAGAAUAAGGGACAGCCAGAUGAUGAGGGAAAGCAAGAAAAACAGGGCAAGUCUGAAAAUGAGGGAAAACCACACGGUGAGGGCAAGCCAGAAUCCCAGGCAAAGCCUGAGGGUGAGCCACGGGCUGCCGAAAAGCGCCCAGCUGAAGAUUAUGUGCCGAGGAAAGCAAAAAGAAAAACGGACAGGGGGACGGACGACUCCAAGGACUAUCAGGAGGACUUACAGGAAAGGCACUUGGGAAGUGAGGAGAUGAUGAGAGAAUGUGGAGAUAUUUCAAGGGCUCAGGAAGAGUUAAGGAAAAAACAGAAAAUGGGUGGUUUUCAUUGGAUGCAAAGAGAUGCACAGGAUCCAUUUGCCCCAAGGGGGCAACGAGGUGUCAGGGGGGUGAGGGGCGGAGGUAGAGGCCAAAGGGGUUUACAUGAUAUCCCAUAUCUUUAAUGUCUUUGGUCUUUAAUUCUAACUUCUCUAAUGAGAAUAUUGCUGACCCUGCUUUCCCUGGCAGGCAUUUGCCAGGCUAUGUGCUCUAACUUUAAGCUGAAAUUUUGUUUUAGGUGUCACUCUUAUUACCAGAAGCCUUUUCAUCCGACUAUUAUGCUCUCUGCCUUUCAGUAGGUAAUUUUUAUCCAUGUGCAUGGAAGAGGUGUUCAUGGUACAUUGCAAAAUAACAAUAAAAUAAAACCAU